GUCUACAGGGUGACGUUGCGUCGCUUCCUUCCAAUAGCGAAGCGUUGCUCGUGAAUAUUAAACGAUCCCUUCUUCACUGACUGUAGUAGGAUUGGGAAGUCGGGUUUCUGUCGGAUGUGUGUGUAGUGGAGACUAAUGUAACGCUUCCCUGACUGUAACAGCCUCGACAGCCUCGUCCACACUCCCGGACCGGCGUGUUUCUCUGCGGGGAUUCGGCGCUCGUGUUCGGCCUGAGACCCUCCGGCGACUCACGGGGAGGAUGCCGGCGCCGGGCUCCAUCUCCACGGGCACUGCGGGACUGGCGUGAGGUUCCACUGGAGAACCUUCCUUCGUGAGGAUGGCGGCGACCACGCCCACCUUAGCCCCGCCCCCCAAGAAGAGCCGCGGGAAACCAGAGGCGGAGACUCUACAGGCCAAUGAAGAGCUGAGGAGCAGACUGAGCGACGUACAGCACGAGCUGCAGCAGGAGAGAGGGAAGGUGUGUAAGUUACGGGAGCGGCUGCAGGAGUUACGGGCCCAGCGGGAGACGGAGCAGCACAAGCACUCGGUCGCUCUCACCGACCUGCGCGUGAAGCUCCACGAGGAGAAGCAGCGCGAGGUGGCGUCGGUGCGCGAGAGCCUGUCCCGACAGCACGAGGCGGAGCUGGCCCGGGGCGCGCGGCUCCGAGACACCGAGCUGGCCCGGCUGCAGGCGCUGGUGUGUGUGUUACGGGACGGGGCCAGCAGCGAGCUGCGCAGCGCCCUGAAGGAGGAGGCGCGCGAGGAGGUGCGCAGGAGCUACGAGGCGGAGAAGCUCAGACUCGCGCAAGAGCUGCAGGAGGCUAAGACCUCGCGCAGGCAGGCGGAGGAGGCGCUCGCUAACGCCCUGCAGGCGGACCGGGCCCGAGCGGCCGAUCUCAGAGUCGCCCAUCAGGCCCAUCACGAGGAGAUCCAGCGGAUCAAGCGCGAGAGCGAGAGGGAGAUACGCAGACUGGUGGAGGAGCUGAAGAGCAGGGAGCGGGUGGUGCAGUCGCUGGAGAGGGAGUUGGGUGUGCAGGCGGGGCAGACGCAGCGGCUGCUGCUGCAGAGGGUGGAGGCGGAGCGGCAUCAUGGCAGUCCGAAGAGAGAGAUGGUUCCCUCCCUCGGGGACAACACCGACUCCGCCAGUAACCAGGAAGUGGAAGAGAGAGACGUGCGCCGGUUCCAGCUGAAGAUCGCUGAGCUGCAGGCCGUCAUCAGGAAACUAGAGGACAGGAACACACUGCUGUCCGAUGAGAGGAACGAACUGCUGAAACGAGUGCGGGAAACCGACGGAGAGAUGAAGCCGCUCAUGGAGAAGAACAAGCGCUUGAGUAAGAAGAACGAAGAGCUGCAGCAGACUCUACAGCGCAUGGAGGACAAGCUGAAGACGCUCAGCAGAGAGAACGCAGAGCAGAAGGAGAAAUCCCACCAGAACCCGCAGCCGGGCGUCCUGAAGAGACACACCUCUCUGACGGACCUCAGUCAGACCCACGAGCAGCAGGAGCUGGAGUACCUGCGUCUGCAGAUCAGCGAGCAGCGCGGCGCCAUCGACGAGCUCACGCAGGAACGGGACAGGCUGAUAAUCAACAAGAAGAACCGCAGGAAAAACACCAAGUUGCCCAAGAGGCAUGUUGUGGAGACAUAUUUUGGAUUUGAUGAAGAAUCUGUCGACUCGGAGACGUCGUCUCUGACAUCAUAUAACACGGAUCACACGCCCGCUACGCCCGAAGAGGACCUCGAGGACGUCUUCUGCCGGGAGGAGGCGGAGCUACGGUUCCGUCAGCUGACUCGCGAGUACCAGGCGCUACAGCGAGCGUACGCACUUCUGCAGGAGACGGCCGGCCCGCUGGACCCCGAGAGGCACUGCAGGACACGGGAGCAGCUGCAGGCGGAGCUGAUUGGCUGUCAGGCCCGGAUCGAUGACCUGGAGCGGAGCCUGGCAGAGAAGGGGCAGGACUCAAAGUGGGCGGAGGAAAAGCAGAAUCUCAUUAGGAUGAACCAGGAGCUCAGAGAAAAGGUAGAGCCGUCGAUUCCUCUAAUACACACACACUCGAACACAAGCAGUAACACUGGUCCGGUGUGUUCCCUGAGUGGACUGAGCUGCAACCCCCACUACCUGCAGGACAUUAGCAUCUCUAUGGAGAACGGCUUCAAAGGCCAGGCUGUGAAAGUUUACCUUAGACCUAAAAAUACACAUGCUUAA